GUUGAACCAAUUUAGUUGUAGGUGAAAAUAAACAUAAAAUUAAUUUCGUAUUUUCGUGUAAGACCUACUUUGAUAAAAACUAAUAGGAUAAUUUAAGACUUUCAUUCACUGUUUAUGUGGCUUUAGAAACCGUGACCUAAAAGUAAUAGACCUAGUAAGAAUGAAGCUAUAACAACCUCUUUACUCUCCUCUACCAAUUUUUAGGCUAUGUCCGUAGAAUAUUGCAAUUGCACACAACACCAACUCGCAGUUAAAAUUAGAUGUCUUAACAAACCAUGUUCAUCUUUCAAAACAAGAUUAUUGACAAUAAAUAUUACAGUGAAUGUGACUUCUGGAAAAAAAUCCAAUGAUGACAGAAAAGACAUGUGGUUAAAAUAGGUUGGGCUUUAUGUAGGUUCAUGAUCGCAGCGAGUCCUUUGGUGUUAUUUUAUAUUAGCUAAAAUUGCAAAACUUUAAAAUUGAGGAAGAAAUGCCAAAUCAAAAUUUAAAUAUGUACAUGAAUCACAAAUCAGACCAGAAACAAGUUGAGUCACCAAAUGCCUGGCAUUCAACGGAUGAAGAAAAUAUCCCAUCAGAAGUAAAGAGAGAGAAAGAAUGUAGUGAAUACUUCUCUAAAGAGCCUGAACAUAACAGCAUUAGGGAACCUCAAAAACUAGGAAUUUCAUCAAUAAAAUAUUACAAAGAUCUCCCUGAAAGUGGAAAUCUAGAAAGUGAUUCUCAAGUAAUAAUUAAAAGUAUUGCAAGUCAUUGUCUUUUUAAACAUGACAUUGAUCCCAGUUCAAAAGAUGAAAUCCAAAAGGUUGAUGAAAGUAACGAAAAUGUCAUAUUAGAUGUAAAAGAGGAGUCCAUAAGUAAUAACUCUUGUGAUGAGAGUAAAUAUAAGUUUGCUACUUAUGAUUUUGAAAAUAACAGCUUUAAGGAAUCUCAAGAGCAAAAAAUCUUAGAAACUAAAUUUGAAGAACUCUCUGAACAAGUAAAAGUAGAAGACUUGAGCCAACUUAAUGUGCUUUCCACCUAUGAUUCCCAAACUUCGAGUGAUGCCAGCCAGUGUGCAGUUAAGAAUGAUUUUGAUUUAAACUCGCAAAGUUCCAGUAAUGAAAUUGCCUCACCCCCAGCACCUUCCAAAGCAAAGCUGCGAAACACAAAACGCCGGGCAGGAAUUCUUUAUAAAAAACUUACGAGUACAAAAUUAAGUAAAGUUACCAGUAAAUAUUUUAGCCAAGUUCAUAACAACAAUAAAAAACGCUGGAUACCUCCAAGAUCUCCUUAUGCCCUUGUACAAGAAGAUUUGUUUGAUAAUCCUUGGCAACUUCUCAUAGCGACAGUAUUUUUAACCAAAACGGCAGCAAAAAGAGCUCUGCCUCAGUUACACAAAUUUUUAGCACGAUAUCCCCGACCAGAAGAUAUACUAAAAGCUAACUAUGAAGAUAUUGAUGAGUACUUUAAGCCAUUAGGAUUAACAACUACCAGAAGCCAUGUCAUCAUGAGAUUUACUGUUGAGUUUCUGGAGAAAGACUGGACAUACCCUAGAGAGCUCUACGGCAUUGGCAAGUAUGGAGAUGACUCGUACAGAAUGUUCUGCAUUAACGAGUGGCGCCAGGUAUCUCCAGACGACAUCCCUCUAACCAAGUAUCGUAACUGGUUACUAGAAAAUGCUGAGCGUCUUGGACUGGACUAACCGAAAAAUUUUAUCAAAUGCUGUUAUAUGUGAUCAUUUUUGCGUUUAUACACAUUUUUUACCUUGUUAGCUUAUUUUAUUGUUUUACUGUUAUUGUCUUAUAAUAAAACUGAACAGAACUUA